UCUUCCAUUUCCUCCUAUAAACAUGGACCAUUCUUCGCAAACUGUUCUUCACACCAUCACUCAAAUCACAAUUAAGCUAAUUAAUCAAGAUUUUACAGGAUUUAAUUAGCUAGAUUUUGUGCACCCAUGUCUCCUGCGAUGAAUUUGGUAGCUGAAACCGAGAGAGAGAAUGAGCUGCCAGAAAGUCUGUCCCAGAAGGGAGUCAUAUAUCUCUGCAAGAAAGGCAUCGAGAAUGUUCCAACUAAGUACAUUUUGCCUCCCUUGGAACGUCCCAACUUGAGUUAUACAUCAACUAACUCCUCAAGCCACAAUCUCAAUUUACCCAUUAUUGAUUUUUCCCAGCUGCAAGGUUCAAACAGAUCCCAUGUCCUCAAUUCUCUCGCGACAGCCUGUGAAGAGUACGGAUUCUUCCAGUUGGUGAAUCAUGGAAUUCCAAAUCAAGUUAUCAGCAACAUGUUUGAUGUAGCGAAAAGAUUCUUCAAGCUUCCUUUCGAGGAAAGAUCGAAGUACAUGUCAACAGAUAUGGGUUCAGCUGUUAGAUGUGGAACAAGUUUUAACCAAAACAAAGAUUCAGUAUUUUGUUGGAGGGAUUUCUUGAAGCUUAGUUGCCAACCCUAUUCAGAUGUUCUUCCUCUUUGGCCUUCUUCUCCUACAGAUUUGAGGCAGACGACAUUUGACUACUCAAAAGAACUGAAAAACUUGUAUCUUAUGCUGGUGGAUGCGAUUUUAGAGAACCUUGGGUUGUUGGAAAACAGUAAAGAGGAAGAUGAAAGUAAAAAUGGAAGUUGUGGUUUAGAAGAAUUUGAAGAUGGAAGCCAACUCAUAGUGAUGAAUUGUUACCCUUCAUGCCCUGAACCAGAGUUAACUCUAGGCAUGACUCCCCAUUCAGAUUAUGGAUUUCUUACACUACUUCUUCAAGAUCAGCUAGUGAAAGGCCUUCAAAUUCUGCAUGGAGGGAACUGGGUCAACGUGGAGCCAAUUCCUAACUCAUUUGUUGUCAACGUUGGAGACCACCUUGAGAUAUUUAGCAAUGGAAAAUACCAAAGUGUACUCCACAGGGUUCUUGCUACUUCAACGUCUAGAAUCUCGGUUGCUUCCUUGCACAGCUUGCCCUUCAAUAGAAUGAUUCAGCCGGCGCCAAAACUCGUCAACGAAGCCAAUCCGAGUCGGUACAAGCCCACAGACUUCGCGAGUUUUCUCGAUUACAAUUCAUCCAGUGAGCCACGGCAGAAAAGUUUCCUGGACUCCAGGAAAUUGACUUGAGCUCCAGAGAAUUGUAUAAGUAAACAAAUUACAAGUCUAAGAACUUGACUUUUUUUAAAACUUGAAUUUCAAAACAUAGUUUACUGUAUUAGGUGGUGAAAAAAACCUAGUUUAUAUGUUUCUCUAUUUUCAUGUCUUCAUAUUGAUGAAAUUAAUCAAUGUCCUGUAUUUGGUCU